CUUCGCCAGUUAUCGACAAGGAUAGUUUAUAAAAGUUCCACGUUUUUAGAACAGUAUUCAUUUGAAAGUUCAAGUGUGAAUAUAAUGUACCGACUACUGUUAACUUUAUUAUAUUUCGUUCAUUUUAUUUGUGCCGCUGAAAAGAUUCCAUCGAACCAUGGAAUUGAGCACAGAGUGGCGAUGGUAACGAAAGAUGAAAAAACAAAUACGACUCCAAACAACAUCACAUUCAUUGACAAAGCAGAAAACCUGAUCCGAUUACCAUCGAUGAGCAAAUACUACGAAGACAAGAAAUCCAAAAGCAAGUUGCUAAAGAAAUCACCAAAACGGACGGUACAGAAGAUUAUAAAGAAGAAUCGCUCGAAUAAGAUAAGGAAGCUGUACAUUAUGAAGAUGACGAGCAAUCCAACAGUGAUUCCUAAGUCCAAUGAAUAUGCUCAAGAUGACUACGCACAGAGAAAGGAUGAUACGACCACUCCAAACACCAUGAGAAAGAGAAUGAAGAAGUACAACACAAGACUGCCACGGUACCCGAAGCCUUUCCAUCAAAUGCACAAGAACUUCAAAAGAGACAAGAGGCAAACAAGAGACCUAUUCAUCCUAAAAGAUUUGGAUGAAAUGCAGUUCUUGACGGAGAAGAAAGAUUAUAAUGUUGUUAAUGCUCAUUAUAAGAAGUACUGGUAGAAGAUAGGACUAGUUAUUAAUGUUAUAUAGUAAUGAAAGUAAGAUGUUUUGCUAAUUCUGGGAGUGGGAUCAAAGUGUUGUUUAAGGAUAAGUUUGGAAUGAAUGUCGAUAAAUUUCUAGUUGUAGAAAAUCUAAGCAUAAUCUUAUUAUACUAUAGAAAUGGCAGUAAAUGGCCUUUUAACAAUAAAAUUCUACACAUAAUUAUAGGCUAAGAUUAGGUUAAUUUGCUCUGAAGACGCAUUAAGUCGAAAUGGGUCAUUAUGUUAAUAUAAUUGUGAUAGCAAUUUUUGUUGAUAUUUCUCAAAUCAGCCUUUUAAUUUUAGUGACAACUUUUUUUAAAUAAACUGAUACUCAAUA